UUUGCGCGUCCCUCUCCGGCUGCUGCAGAAAGAGGCUGCCGACGCACGUCUGCGGGCGAGUGGACAGGUUGCCGCAUCCACUAAGGAAUCCAAUCACCUCGCCACUCACCCCACCCUCCCCCCCCCCCCGCCUCCAAAAAAGAAAAAUCACAACGGAUGUACUUCUCUUUUGCUGCUUUUUCUACUAAUCUUGGCGAUUUGUGUGUCUGUGUGUGCGUGGAGCUGCGCCGCACCGGGGAAGACAACUAAGUGACUUGCAGGAUGUGAACAGCCUGAGCAAGGUGGCUCAAUCCCCAACCCCCCUCCCACACACACACACUUUUUCCUUGACUCGCGUGGACAUAUCGCAGCGCAGAGGAAUACUGCACAAAAAAAGAGGAGAAAUCCCGCGCAGAAAAAUGUGAGUAACAAUGCGAACUGCUCGCACUUACUGCUUCCCCGACUGGCGCCUUUUACGCGCGUGAAAAUUCAGUGGAGCACCAAGACUCUGUCUUUUUUGUGUGUUUUUGAUAUUUACAUUUUUUAUUUUUUUGUUACCAGCACCGCUGAGGCGUCAUUUAAAUUCACAAAGGAGGCGAGAGGGGGGAAACUUGCUGCCUUUCACUGCAGCAGGAGUGAUGUAGAAGAAGUCUCACACCCUCAUAAAAGCAGCGUUUUAUUCCGACCUCCUGACGACCACUGAUUUUUUGUUGUUUUUGUUUUUGGUUUUUUUGGGGUGAUUUUGGUGGGAAACCGACGAGAGAGCAAUGAGGACUACUGGUGCAGUGGACUAUUUAUACUACUGCAUGCUCAUCCUGCAGUUGGUGCAUCAGCCCGCCGCCAAGCAGGUGCUCCGGUACCGCCUGGCCGAGGAGGGACCGCCGGACGUGCGGGUGGGCAACGUGGCCGCCGACCUGGGCAUCGUCGCGGGCUCCGGCGAGGUGACGUUCACGCUGGAGUCCGGCUCAGAUUUUUUCAAGAUCGACAACAUCACGGGCGAGCUCACCACCAACGAGAGACGGAUCGACCGCGAGAAAUUACAACAGUGCCAAAUGAUAUUCGACGAGAACGAGUGCUUCAUCGAUUUCGAGGUGUCCGUCAUCGGACCGGCCCAGAGCUGGGUUGACCUCUUUGAGGGAAAGGUCAUCAUCUUAGAUAUUAACGAUAACACUCCUUCCUUCCCCUCACCUGUGCUGACCCUGUCUGUGGAGGAAAACAGACCGAUCGGAACUCUUUAUCUGCUGCCCACGGCCACAGACAGAGAUUUUGGCAGGAAUGGGAUCGAGAGGUACGAGCUCAUUCAGGACAGCGUGGAGAACUCCAGGCGCUCCUCGGGAGACCCGUACUCAGGGAAGAGAAGAUUUGACGACGCCGCGAGCAGGAGCAGCGUUUUUGAGCUGCAAGUCGCAGACACCACCGAUGGCGAGAAGCAGCCACAGCUCAUCAUUAAAGGGGCGCUCGAUAGGGAGCAGAGAGACUCUUACGAGCUCACGCUGCGUGUGAGGGACGGGGGCGAUCCCCCUCGUUCCUCCCAGGCCAUCCUGAGGGUAAUGAUCACCGACGUGAACGACAACAACCCUCGUUUCGAGAAGAGCGUGUAUGAGGCCGACCUGCUGGAGAACAGCUCCCCCGGAGCCCCCAUACUGCAGCUCAAAGCGGCCGACGCAGACGUGGGGGUGAACGGUCAAAUCGAGUACGUGUUCGGGGCGGCCACGGAGUCCGUGCGGCGGAUGCUGAGGUUGGACGAGAGCACAGGGUGGCUAAGUGUGCUGCACCGCAUCGACCGUGAAGAGGUGAGCCAGCUGAGGUUUACGGUGAUGGCCCGUGACCGAGGCCAGCCACCAAAAAUGGACAAGGCCACCGUGGUGUUGAACAUCAAGGACGAGAACGACAACGUCCCCGCCAUAGAGAUACGGAAAAUCGGACGCAUUUUCCUGAAAGACGGCGUCGGCAACGUGGCCGAGGAUGUGGUGGUGGACACGCCCAUCGCCCUUGUGCAGGUGUCGGAUCGCGACCAGGGAGAGAACGGCAUCGUGACCUGCACGGUGGUCGGCGACGUGCCCUUCCAGCUCAAACCGGCCAGCGAGAUGGAGGGCGAGCAGAACAAAAAGAAAUACUUCCUCCAUACGUCGGCGCCACUGGACUACGAGGCCAUGCAGGAGUACAACGUCGUCAUAGUAGCGGUGGAUUCCGGAAGCCCCAGCCUGGCAAGUAAUAACUCUCUUAUUGUCAAAGUGGGCGACACCAAUGACAACGCCCCUGUCUUUAACCUGAACGUAGUGGAGGUGUCGUUCCCAGAGAACAAUGCUCCAGGCGAGAGGGUGACAACGGUGGCCGCCAAUGACGCAGACAGCGGGAAGAACGCGGAAAUAAUGUAUUCCCUCGACCCGUCAGUAAAUGGGAUUUUCUCCGUUGACGCAGACAGCGGCGACAUCCGAGUGAACACCAUCCUGGACCGAGAGCAGACAGAGCGCUAUGAAUUUAAAGUGAUAGCUAAAGAUAAGGGCGUAAACACCCUACAGGGCUCUGCGACGGUGGUUGUCCUCGUGGCAGACAAAAAUGACAAUGAGCCAAAGUUCAUGCAAGAUGUAUUUACAUUCUAUGUCAAAGAGAACCUUGAGCCAAACAGCCCCGUUGGCAUGGUCACAGUCAUCGAUGCAGAUAAAGGUCAAAAUGCAGAAAUGAGUCUUUUUAUUGAGGAGGAGGAAGAUAUCUUUUCAAUCGAAAACGAUACCGGGACCAUUUUCUCCACCCUGUCCUUUGACCGAGAGCAGAAAACCACGUACACGUUCCGUGUGAAGGCCAUGGACAGGGGCGACCCGCCCCGGUCGGCCACUGCCACCGUCUCGUUGUUUGUCAUGGAUGACAAUGACAACGCACCAACCGUCACGUUCCCUAUAAACAGUUCCUACACCCUCCUCCCGCCCUCCAGCAACAUCAGAACCGUAGUGAGAACGGUCAUUGCCACAGACACCGACACAGGCAUCAACGCAGACCUCAACUAUAGCAUCGUCGGCGGGAACCCCUUCAGGCUGUUUGAGAUCGACGGGGGAACCGGUGUGAUUUCACUGGUUGGAAAACUCGAGCAGAAGCACUACGGUCUGCACCGGCUCGUGGUCCGGGUGAACGACAGUGGGCAGCCCUCCCAGAGCACCACUACACUCGUCCACGUCUAUGUUAAUGAGACUCUUUCCAAUUCCACUGUUGUGGAGGCACAGGUGGCAAAGAGCCUGAGCACGUCUCUCAACACCAACAUCGCCGGUGACCCCAAUUAUGACCUGAGCAAACAACGUCUGAGCAUAGUCAUCGGUGUUGUUUCGGGAAUCAUGACGGUCAUCCUCAUCAUCCUGGUGGUCGUCAUGGCCCGCUACUGCCGCCCCAAGAAUAAGAACGGCUACGAGGCUGGCAAGAAGGACCACGAGGACUUCUUCACGCCGCAGCAACACGACAAGUCCAAGAAGCCCAAAAAAGACAAGCGCAAGCAGAAAUCCAAGCAGCCGCUCUACAGCAGUAUCGUCACGGUGGAAGCCUCCAAACCCAACGGUCAGCGCUACGACGGCGUCAACGAGAAGCUGUCAGACAGUCCUGGUAUGGGCCGGUACCGUUCGGUCAACGGAGGCCCCGGCAGUCCCGAUCUGGCCCGGCACUACAAGUCCAGCUCACCACUACCCACCGUCCAGCUUCACCCGCAGUCGCCCACGGCUGGCAAAAAGCACCAGGCGGUUCAGGACCUGCCCCCAGCCAAUACCUUUGUUGGCACCGGAGAUAACAUUUCACUGGGAUCAGACCACUGCUCUGACUACAGCAGUCAGACCAUCAACAAGUACAACAAACAGCCGUUUCGCCGAGUGACCUUCUCGGUGGUGAGCCAGCCCCAGGACCCUCACCAGCAGGGAUCGCUGCAGAGCUGCUACGACAGCGGCCUGGACGAGUCCGAGACGCCGAGCAGCAAGAGUUCGUCGGGGCCCCGACUGGGUGCCCUGCCCCUGCCCGAGGACAGCUACGAGAGGACCACGCCGGAUGGCAGUGUCGAUUCACGGCCAUUGCCUGACGUAGCCAUGACCGGCAAGUGCACCCGGGAAUGCGACGAGUACGGCCACUCGGACUCCUGCUGGAUGCCCGUCCGCACGUCGCCCGAACGGCGGCCAUCCAAGUCCACCACCAACCCCCAACAACCAAAGCUUUCCACUUUCAUGAGCGGCAACAGUAGCAGCAGCAGCAGCAGCAGCAGCAGCCAAGAGCAGCCCGGCAGCCAAGAGACCCUCGCCAUGGCCGCCAUGGCCAACGGAGACCCCGCCGCCGGCCACAUGCUGGGCGACCGCAAUCGCAACCUACUUAGUAAGAAGACGGCUUCCUCCUCCUCGUCCUACGAGGCCUUCGGCUCGCCGUCUUAUGGCUCACCUCCGUACGGCUCGCCCGGAGGCGCAGAGGAGACGCUGGGCCAUCCCACCGAAGAGAUCCCGAUGGCGCCCACCGGGGAGUACAAGCCCACCUCCUGUGGUACUCUGACCCGACGGGAGGUGUACCUGUGAGCUGACACGACUUCUGGGGUCACAAAUUUGCGCGUAGUAGCACACUACUACAAGCUUACGGAACCUUGCUAGUUUAGCCACCGACUUGUACCGACUGAGGUCGGACUAAAACGACUCCAAAGACUUUUACAACAAAAACGUAAAGACAGUGGCCUUUUUUGUUUUUUAAGCGCUACUAUUGGGAUGCUCUAGCGACACGGUCUGCUGCCGGAUAGUCCACCUGUACAAUAGGACAACUUAUUUUUCACAUUAAACACGCACACACACACACACACACACACACACACACACUACAUGCAUGCAUCCACAUCCAUCACCAAACAGACACCCCUGUUAAAAAAACAAAAAACAAAAAAAAGCAUCUUUUUUCUAAAAUAGAGGCAAACCUUGCUUCAAAGUAUGUCUGGAUAUGACUGCUUUCUUCUUUUGGAACUGGCCGCAACAAUAGACAGGAUAAUCGGUCGCAAUCAUUCGGAAGGAGAUGUCGGCAAAGACUCAAAGUCAGAAAUAUGCUGCGCUUACGUCCCUUGCGCCAAGACUCUCGGGCGCGAGCGACACGCACUCCGUAGUGAUGAAAAAUUGUACAGAAACACUUGGGACUACAUUUCUUCUUUUCCCUCCUCCUCGCUUUAAGUCUCGAUUAUGAUUGGUGAGGCCGAGCCCCCCCCCCCCCCCCAGCCUCCCUGCGAAGCGGAACAUCUGGGCUGCAGACUUUGCACCGUUGCGGUUGUCACGCCGAGUACCUGAUUCAUGAAUUUAACGAGGCCGAUAUAUUCCUGGUAAGCAAGUGAACGGAUAUGUACGGGCCAGAUGUGCACAUGUGUAUAGGCUUAUACUGUAAGUAGUACAACAGUAGGUUCAUGAUUGAGUGCUAGUCUAAAAACAUUUUUUUUUUUUUUUUUUUAGCUUUUACUUCAUCGUGGGACAGACUGAGCAAUAAAUAUCAUAAUGUAAACAUUUACCAUCAAUCAAUCAUAAUUUUGGGAUGUUUUCUUUCAUUAUUCCCCUCAAGCGUUCAACGGUAACUAACAGUAAUGUCGCUCUCCGCAGCCCACGGCAUCUUUUUGAGCAGGAAUGUAAGAAUCAGCUCACGCAAACUGAAAACAAUCAAAAAGAUACAGAUAAUUGACUUUACUUUUUAUUUCCUGUGUGUUUUAUGCCAGACACUGAACUUCAAACAUUCCACGUUUUUGGAGUGUUAUUGCCAAUUGACGGGAUUAUUGUCCCACUCACACACACACACACAGUGGCUUCUUUCUGUCAGUAUAAUGAAUCAGAAAUGCAAUGGAUUUUUAUUUUGUAUUUUGAUUUUUUUUUGGUGUAUGUUAGCAAAGCCCUUUGGGAUUGAAUGGAGUGGCAAUUUCUGCAUUCUGGCUCUCUAUAGUCUGUAAGUACGACUCGUCAGAAAGACUAUACUCAAUUGUAUACAUGAAUAUUUACUUUUUUACUGCACGCUUUAUGGAACUUACUUCGCUUCAUGAGAAGGAGCAAGAAAAUAUCAAACAAAAUGUCGAAAAAAAAUACCCUGUAACAUUGGAAUCCACCUUGUCGCUUGCUUACUUUAUAACGAAUGAAACAUUAGCCAUGUAGUACAACUUAGUACAUUGAUUUCUCGUUUGGGUAUUUCAUAUCACACAAACCACUAAAUUCUCCCUGCGUUUUGCCAGUGGAUUAAAUUUACAUCACUGUUAACGACAGCUGAAAUUGUAGAGAUGAUCAUGAAAUUGUACUGUGUAUUUUAACUCCCCCCCCCCCCCCCCGCUUUAUCUGCUGUCACUUUGUAUAUCUUCAGUGCUUCUGAACAAAGACAAAAAGAGUGAAUGCAAAAAUUGCAAUUGUGCCUUUUUAUACCAAUUGGUAUGAUUCUACGUUGGGACACAUUUCCAUACGUGCCGUGGAAGACUUCCUGGGGGGGCGGGGGGGGGGAUUCGCCAGUCAGAUGUCAGUGAGCCAAACUUUUAACUGGGCCUAAAUCUCCUGUUAAAAUAUACGUUCCCAGUGUAGUGCAUUACUGAAUGAUUCCGGGUACGUUCGAAAAGUUGCUUGUUGGUCGUGAGCAUAACGAUGUCACGGGUUAUUUGUCGCGCUCCCCUGAUGUAAGUGCGCUCGCUCGGCAAUUUAUCGGCCGCCGUUCAUCUAAAAAUACAGCGGCAACGCAAUCAAUUGAGGUGAUUAUUAUUAUGAUUCCGGAAUUAUAUGAAUCGCCAAUCCCAUUGAUUGGCAACGAGAUCAUUGAAAUGAUGAUCUCAUCGCUUGUAUUUGUUCAUGCUUGCGUAGGAUAAAUUGACGAGCGUGCGAGACAUCAGACGUCCUUUGCAUGAAACAAGCUCUAGGAAUGCAUAGAAAGGUAGCGUGCUAGUUGGGAGAGGGGGGAUGUGCCCCCCCCCCCCCAAAAAAAAAGAACUUGGGAGACAUUCAACUUCUCACAGUUGGGGGGAGGGAAGGGGGGCUAUAGAUGAAAACUGUAAAUGCGAUGGUUCCACUCCUCUGCUGCCUGAGGUGCGUGCUCAGCCCGAGCCCUCGCGUAUCCACAACGUGUAACCAGAUUUGUCAUAUUAACCAUUACUAUUUGUCCGUGCGACUUGGAUGUUGAUAUAGCAAUCGAGGAAACCCGACUUAUCAUUGUUAAAUAUGAGUCACUAUGCACGCAGCUUAGCUGAACAUGGCAACGUGUAUUGAACGCAAGUCCACUUCUAUUUAUGAGAUAUUUUAUGUAAGUUAAUUUGCUUUUGUACAGGUUCGUGUAAAUAAAGCGCUUGUCAUGUUUGUCCCUGCAAAAAUUAAAAUAUAACAUGGUAAAUCUUC